AUGGAUGGUGAGGAUGAUGACGAGCUGCAGCCGGCGGAGCACGACCCGUACAUGGUGCCGGAGGUCCGCGCGAAGCGGCGCAAGCUGCAGAUCCGGGAGGCAGAGCCGCCGGCGGGCAAUCCGAGCCGGCAGCAAAGGCACCUGCUCAUGGAGGAGGUGGCGAAGCCAAGCCGGCAGAGGCACGUGCUCAUGGAGGAGGAGAUGGUGAAGGCGCCAAGCCAGCAGAGGCACGUGCUCAUGGAGGAGGAGAUGGUGAAGGCGCCAAGCCGGUGGCAGAGGCACGUGCUCAUGGAGGAGGAGAUGGUGAAGGCGCCAAGCCGGUGGCAGAGGCGCGUGCUCAUGGAGGAGAUGGCGAAAGCGCCAGGCCGGCGGCAGAGGCUCAUGGAGGAGAUGGCGAAGGAUCACGUGGAGACGGUGGACCGGCGCCAGCCGAGAUGUCGUGGUGGGAGUCUGGGUGGCAGGAUGCUGCCGCUGAUGUCUGGCCUGCUCACCACGGAGGCGCUCAUCAUGGAGGUGCUCAACACGGAGCUCAUCAUGGAGGUGAUGAGCAUGGAGGCGCUCAUCUUGGAGGUGCUCAACACGGAGCUCAUCAUGGAGGUGAUGAGCAUGGAGGCGCUCAUCUUGGAGGUGCUCAACACGGAGCUCAGCAUGGAGGUGGAGAUCAUGGAGGUGCGCCACGAUGGGGAGACGCUCAUCGUGGCGAUGCGUGGCAUCAUGGAGGAGGUGCGGAGCGUGCUCAUCAGGGAGACGCUUCUGGUGGCGACGCGUGGCGUGGUGCUCAUCAUGGAGGCAGAGCCGGAGGAGGAGUGGGAAGACACGUGGUGGGCCCACGUGAAGGACGAAGAAGAGGAGCCGGCGGACGACUCAUGGUGGGGCAACAUCAAAGACGAGCAAGAGACCAAGGAGAAACCUCAUGAUGAGGCGGCUGCAGGUGGCUGGAGCACAUGGCAGAGCUCGUGGAAGAGCAGGAGAUGGGACACAGACGCAUGGUCGUCCACGGACAAGGCCUGGUCAUCCCCGGCACAGAACACGGACAAGGCCUGGUCAUCCCCGGCACAGAACACGGACAAGGCCUGGUCAUCGCCCGGGCAUCGCGAGGGGCA